AGCGGCACAGGCAGACCGAGGCCGCAGAGGAGAACCGCGAGAGGAGGCGCGCUUUCAGAAUCCCAAACCUGAAUGUUGAAGCCGGAGUUCACAGCAGAGCGCUAAGGCCCUGUGAGCUUUUAUGGCCCUCCAAGGUGGCCACAGAAGUUGGUUCUGAGUUUUUAAAAAGUACAGGGGGAAAACUACAAGUGGGAUAAUUGUUUAGUCGUGAAAGUAGCGGCUAGCAGCCAACUGCAAGUCACAAUGAUUCGAGCCUUUGUUCAGCCGUCCACCCCCCCAUACCAGCCACUUUCCAGUCACCAGUCUGAGAAAACGGAGGGGAAGUUCAAGGGCAAGGUGGUACGCGAAGCUCAACUCAACUGUUUCUACAUCUCUCCUGGAGGUUCCAACUAUGGGAGCCCACGCCCAGCUCAUGCCAACAUGAAUGCCAAUGCAGCUGCAGGGCUCGCUCCCGAGCACAUCCCUACUCCAGGAGCAGCGCUGUCCUGGCAGGCAGCCAUCGAUGCCGCCCGGCAGGCCAAGCUAAUGGGCAGUGCUGGCAACGCAACCAUCUCUACUGUCAGUUCCACGCAGCGGAAGCGGCAGCAGUACGGGAAACCCAAGAAGCAGGGUGGUACAACUGCCACGCGGCCACCCCGUGCUCUGCUCUGCCUGACUCUGAAGAACCCCAUCCGGAGGGCAUGCAUAAGCAUCGUUGAAUGGAAACCAUUUGAAAUCAUUAUUUUACUGACUAUUUUUGCCAAUUGUGUGGCCUUAGCGAUCUAUAUCCCCUUUCCAGAAGAUGACUCCAACGCCACCAACUCUAACCUGGAGCGAGUGGAAUAUCUCUUUCUCAUAAUUUUUACCGUGGAAGCAUUUUUAAAAGUAAUUGCCUAUGGACUUCUCUUUCACCCCAACGCUUACCUCCGCAAUGGUUGGAAUUUACUAGAUUUUAUAAUUGUGGUCGUAGGGCUUUUUAGUGCAAUUUUAGAACAAGCCACCAAAGCCGAUGGGGCCAAUGCGCUAGGAGGGAAAGGAGCUGGAUUCGAUGUGAAGGCGCUGAGGGCUUUCCGCGUGCUUCGUCCCCUGCGGCUGGUGUCUGGAGUCCCAAGUCUCCAGGUGGUCCUGAACUCCAUCAUCAAGGCCAUGGUGCCUCUGCUGCACAUUGCCCUCCUUGUGCUGUUCGUCAUCAUCAUUUAUGCCAUCAUCGGCCUGGAACUCUUCAUGGGGAAGAUGCACAAGACUUGCUACAACCAGGAAGGCAUAACAGAUGUUCCAGCGGAAGAGGACCCUUCCCCUUGUGCUCUGGAGACAGGCCAUGGGCGGCAGUGUCAGAACGGGACCGUGUGCAGGCCCGGGUGGGACGGGCCCAAGCAUGGCAUCACCAACUUCGACAACUUCGCCUUCGCCAUGCUGACGGUGUUCCAGUGCAUCACCAUGGAGGGCUGGACUGAUGUGCUGUACUGGAUGCAAGACGCUAUGGGCUAUGAGUUGCCCUGGGUGUAUUUUGUCAGUCUGGUCAUCUUUGGAUCCUUUUUCGUUCUAAAUCUGGUUCUCGGUGUUCUGAGCGGAGAGUUUUCCAAAGAGAGGGAGAAAGCCAAAGCUCGGGGUGAUUUCCAGAAGCUUCGAGAAAAGCAGCAGCUAGAAGAAGAUCUGAAAGGCUACCUGGAUUGGAUCACCCAAGCAGAAGACAUUGACCCUGAGAACGAGGAUGAGGGCAUGGAUGAAGACAAGCCCCGAAACAUGAACAUGCCCACAAGUGAGACUGAGUCGGUCAACACUGAAAAUGUGGCUGGCGGGGACAUCGAAGGCGAAAACUGUGGAGCCAGGCUUGCCCACCGGAUCUCCAAAUCCAAGUUCAGCCGCUACUGGCGCAGGUGGAAUAGAUUCUGCAGAAGGAAGUGCCGCGCGGCAGUUAAGUCCAACGUCUUCUACUGGCUCGUGAUCUUCCUGGUGUUCCUCAACACGCUUACCAUUGCCUCUGAGCACUACAACCAGCCCCACUGGCUCACAGAAGUGCAAGACACAGCCAACAAGGCCCUCCUGGCGCUCUUCACUGCGGAAAUGCUCCUGAAGAUGUACAGCCUGGGGCUGCAGGCCUACUUUGUGUCCCUCUUCAACCGCUUCGACUGCUUCAUCGUGUGUGGGGGCAUCCUAGAGACCAUCCUGGUGGAGACCAAGAUCAUGUCUCCCCUGGGCAUCUCUGUGUUGAGAUGCGUGCGCCUGCUCAGGAUCUUCAAGAUCACCAGGUACUGGAACUCCUUGAGCAACCUCGUGGCGUCCUUGCUGAAUUCAGUACGCUCCAUCGCCUCCUUGCUGCUGCUCCUCUUCCUCUUCAUCAUCAUCUUCUCCCUCCUGGGGAUGCAGCUGUUUGGAGGGAAGUUCAACUUUGAUGAGAUGCAGACCCGCAGGAGCACCUUUGAUAACUUCCCUCAGUCACUGCUCACUGUGUUCCAGAUCCUGACCGGGGAGGACUGGAAUUCGGUGAUGUAUGAUGGGAUCAUGGCUUAUGGCGGCCCCUCUUUUCCAGGGAUGUUAGUCUGUAUUUACUUCAUCAUCCUCUUCAUCUGUGGAAAUUAUAUCCUACUGAAUGUGUUCUUGGCCAUUGCCGUGGACAACCUGGCUGAUGCCGAGAGCCUCACUUCCGCUCAAAAGGAAGAAGAAGAAGAGAAGGAGAGAAAGAAGCUGGCCAGGACUGCCAGCCCAGAGAAGAAACAGGAGGUGAUGGAGAAGCCGGCAGUGGAGGAGAGCAAAGAGGAGAAAAUUGAGCUGAAGUCCAUUACUGCAGAUGGAGAGUCUCCACCCACUACCAAGAUCAACAUGGAUGACCUCCAGCCCAGUGAAAAUGAGGAUAAGAGCCCCCACUCCAACCCCGACACUGCAGGGGAAGAGGAUGAGGAGGAGCCGGAGAUGCCUGUGGGGCCACGCCCCCGGCCCCUGUCUGAGCUACACCUUAAGGAAAAGGCGGUGCCUAUGCCAGAAGCCAGUGCGUUUUUCAUCUUCAGCCCCAACAACAGGUUCCGCGUCCAGUGUCACCGCAUCGUCAACGACACGAUCUUCACCAACCUGAUCCUCUUCUUCAUUCUGCUCAGCAGCAUCUCUCUGGCUGCCGAGGACCCCGUGCAACACACCUCCUUCAGGAACCAUAUUCUGUUUUAUUUUGACAUUGUUUUCACUACCAUUUUCACCAUUGAAAUUGCUCUGAAGAUCCUAGGCAAUGCAGACUAUGUCUUCACUAGUAUCUUUACAUUAGAAAUUAUCCUUAAGAUGACCGCUUACGGGGCUUUCCUGCACAAGGGCUCUUUCUGCCGAAACUACUUCAAUAUCUUGGACCUGCUGGUGGUUAGCGUGUCCCUCAUCUCCUUUGGCAUCCAGUCCAGUGCAAUCAACGUUGUGAAGAUUUUACGAGUGCUGCGGGUCCUCAGGCCCCUGAGGGCCAUAAACAGGGCCAAGGGGCUAAAGCACGUGGUCCAGUGUGUGUUUGUGGCCAUCCGGACCAUUGGGAACAUUGUAAUAGUCACCACUCUGCUGCAGUUCAUGUUCGCCUGCAUUGGGGUCCAGCUCUUCAAGGGGAAGCUCUAUACCUGCUCGGAUAGCUCCAAACAGACGGAGGCAGAAUGCAAGGGUAACUACAUCACAUACAAAGAUGGAGAAGUUGACCACCCUAUUAUCCAGCCUCGAAGCUGGGAGAACAGCAAGUUUGACUUUGACAAUGUUCUGGCAGCCAUGAUGGCCCUCUUCACCGUCUCCACCUUUGAGGGGUGGCCAGAGCUGCUGUACCGUUCCAUCGACUCCCACACAGAAGACAAGGGCCCCAUCUACAACUACCGUGUGGAGAUCUCCAUCUUCUUCAUCAUCUACAUCAUCAUCAUUGCCUUCUUCAUGAUGAACAUCUUCGUGGGUUUCGUCAUUGUCACCUUCCAGGAGCAGGGGGAGCAAGAGUACAAGAACUGUGAGCUGGACAAGAACCAGAGACAAUGUGUGGAAUAUGCCCUCAAGGCCCGACCCUUGCGAAGGUACAUCCCCAAGAACCAGCACCAGUAUAAAGUGUGGUAUGUGGUCAACUCUACCUACUUCGAGUAUCUGAUGUUCGUCCUUAUCCUGCUCAACACCAUCUGCCUGGCCAUGCAGCAUUAUGGCCAGAGCUGCCUCUUCAAAAUCGCCAUGAAUAUCCUCAACAUGCUGUUCACUGGCCUCUUCACAGUGGAGAUGAUCCUGAAGCUCAUUGCCUUCAAACCCAAGGGUUACUUUAGUGAUCCCUGGAAUGUUUUUGACUUCCUCAUCGUGAUUGGGAGCAUAAUUGAUGUCAUUCUCAGUGAGACUAAUCACUAUUUCUGUGAUGCAUGGAAUACAUUUGAUGCCUUGAUUGUUGUGGGUAGCAUUGUUGAUAUAGCAAUCACCGAGGUACACCCAGCUGAACAUACUCAAUGCUCUCCCUCUAUGAGCGCAGAGGAGAAUUCCCGCAUCUCCAUCACCUUCUUCCGCCUCUUCCGGGUCAUGCGCCUGGUGAAGCUGCUGAGCCGAGGGGAAGGCAUCCGGACCCUGCUGUGGACAUUCAUCAAAUCCUUCCAGGCCCUGCCCUAUGUGGCCCUUCUGAUCGUGAUGCUGUUCUUUAUCUAUGCAGUGAUUGGGAUGCAGGUGUUUGGAAAGAUCGCCCUGAAUGACACCACAGAGAUCAAUCGGAACAACAACUUCCAGACGUUUCCCCAGGCUGUGCUCCUGCUCUUCAGAUGUGCCACCGGGGAAGCCUGGCAGGAUAUCAUGCUGGCCUGUAUGCCGGGCAAGAAGUGUGCCCCCGAGUCUGAGCCUGGCAACAGCACAGAAGGGGAGACACCCUGUGGCAGCAGCUUCGCUGUCUUCUACUUCAUCAGCUUCUACAUGCUCUGUGCCUUCCUGAUCAUCAACCUCUUUGUAGCUGUUAUCAUGGACAACUUUGACUACCUGACACGGGACUGGUCUAUCCUUGGUCCCCACCAUCUGGAUGAAUUCAAAAGAAUCUGGGCCGAGUAUGACCCCGAAGCCAAGGGUCGGAUCAAACACUUGGAUGUGGUGACUCUCCUCCGUCGAAUUCAGCCCCCGUUAGGUUUUGGGAAGCUGUGUCCACACCGUGUGGCCUGCAAACGCCUGGUGUCCAUGAACAUGCCUCUGAACAGCGAUGGGACAGUCAUGUUUAAUGCUACCCUGUUUGCCCUGGUCAGGACAGCCCUAAGGAUCAAAACAGAAGGAAACCUAGAACAAGCCAAUGAGGAGCUGCGGGCCAUCAUCAAGAAAAUCUGGAAGAGGACCAGCAUGAAGCUGUUGGACCAGGUGGUGCCCCCUGCAGGUGAUGACGAGGUCACAGUCGGCAAGUUCUAUGCCACCUUCCUGAUCCAAGAGUACUUCCGAAAAUUCAAGAAGCGAAAAGAGCAGGGGCUGGUGGGCAAGCCUUCUCAGAGGAAUGCACUGUCCCUGCAGGCUGGCUUGCGCACAUUGCAUGACAUUGGGCCUGAGAUCCGACGGGCCAUCUCUGGGGAUCUCACCGCUGAGGAAGAGUUGGACAAGGCUAUGAAGGAGGCUGUGUCCGCUGCCUCUGAAGACGACAUCUUCAGGAGGGCUGGAGGCCUGUUUGGCAACCAUGUCAGUUACUAUCAGAGCGACAGCAGGAGCAACUUUCCCCAGACCUUCACGACCCAGCGCCCGCUGCACAUCAACAAGACGGGAAACAGCCAGGGCGACACGGAGUCGCCGUCCCAUGAGAAACUGGUGGACUCCACUUUCACCCCCAGCAGCUACUCAUCCACAGGCUCCAAUGCCAACAUCAACAAUGCCAACAACACUGCCCUGGGUCGCUUCCCCCACCCCACUGGCUACUCCAGCACAGUCAGCACUGUGGAGGGCCAUGGGCCUCCCUUGUCCCCUGCUGUCCGGGUACAGGAGGCAGCUUGGAAGCUCAGCUCUAAGAGGUGCCACUCCCGAGAGAGCCAGGGGGCCUCCGUGAGUCAAGAGAUGUUCCCCAAUGAGACCUGCAGCGUGAGGAUGAGUGAGGACACCGAGUACUGCAGUGAGCCUAGCCUGCUCGCCACAGAUAUUCUCUCCUACCAGGAUGAUGAAAACCGGCAGCUGACAUCCCCAGAGGAGGACAAGAGGGAGAUGCAGCAGUCUCCGAAGAGGAGUUUCCUCCGCUCUGCCUCUCUAGGUCGAAGGGCCUCCUUCCAUCUGGAAUGUCUGAAGCGACCAAAGGAUCAAGGGGGAGACAUCUCUCAGAAGACAGCCUUGCCCUUGCAUCUGGUUCACCAUCAGGCAUUGGCAGUGGCAGGUUUGAGCCCGCUCCUGCAGAGAAGCCAUCCUCCUACCAAGUUCCCCAGGCCAUGUCCCACACCCCCUGUCACUCCAGGCAGCAGGGGCAGGCCUCUUCAGCCUAUCCCCACCCUACGGCUGGAGGGGGCUGAGUCCAGCGAGAAACUCAACAGCAGCUUCCCGUCCAUCCACUGCAGCUCCUGGUCUGAUGAGACCACUGCCUGUAGUGGGGGCAGCAGCAUGGCCCGGAGAGCCCGGCCGGUCUCCCUCACUGUGCCCAGCCCGGCUGGAGCUCCAGGGAGACAGUUUCAUGGCAGCGCCAGCAGCCUGGUAGAAGCGGUCUUGAUUUCAGAAGGCUUGGGACAGUUUGCUCAAGAUCCCAAGUUCAUCGAGGUCACCACCCAGGAGCUGGCUGACGCCUGUGACAUGACAAUAGAGGAGAUGGAGAACGCCGCAGACAACAUCCUCAGUGGGGGCGCCCAGCAGAGCCCCAACAGCACCCUCUUACCUUUUGUGAACUGCAGGGACCCAGGGCAGGACAGGGCUGUGGUCCCGGAGGACGAAAGCUGCGCAUAUGCCCUGGGGCGAGGCCGGAGCGAGGAGGCGCUCCCGGACAGCAGGGCCUACGUCAGCAACCUGUAGUCCGCAGGACUGACCAGACGCGGGUGUUUUUUAUUCGUUUCAAUGUUCCUAAUGGGUUCGUUUCAGAAGUGCCUCACUGUUCUCGUGACCUGGAGGUAACCGGAACAGCGUCUUCAUUCACUGCUGUCGGGACAAGCCUCAGAGCUGGGCGGUGUGCGGAGUCGGCUUGUCAGGGGAGAAGGCCAAGGCCGUGGUGCAGGACUCCAGCACCUUCCCGCGGCAGCACCGCCCAAAGGACCCCAUCCCCCUAACCAAAAGGGUGUUUUCCCCUUGCUUGUAUAAACAGUCAUUUGCACAUGUUCUGUCUGAGCCUGGUGGUCUCAAUGGAGCAGAGACCCAGAGAUCUAUGGCGGGAGUAGGCCAGUGCCCCAAGUAGGGGAGGUGGCUGUGAGGUUCCAGUAAUGCAGGUUUGGUCCCUUCAGGGACCCGUCCCCUGCAGGAGUAGACGCAGGUGACCGGAGCUGGUGCAGACCGCACCACCGCCCUCAGCUAGCCGGGCCAGGGGGCGCAGGCUGCUGCUCGGUGAUCUUGGUUUCACGGUUUGAUGGUUCUUGUUAGCAUGUUUCGGUUUUCUGAGUUUGGGUUUCUUUAUUAUUUUGUAUUUGUUGUGCUUUCCCACUGGGAAGGGAGGAAGAAGAGCGUUUACAGUUGCGCAGCCUCACUCACCGUUUCCACAUUUGCGUUAUUUAAGUCGGAUUUGGUUUUAUUAUAUUCUUCAAAUGGUGCGGUUUCCCCCACCCCUCUUUUUCCACCCAUGGAGCCGAGGGCUCAAUAGCAUCACAGGAAAGUUUACCUGCUCUGUGUAUGCCCAGUAAUUUGUUGUAAUUUCCUUAAGUAACAGCACCUUCCUCCCCCUUUCUUUCCGGUUUGGUUGACAGUCACAAUCUGCAGGUAACAGGGCUGUUAGAUAAGGUGUUGCGUGCCUGAGCGGUUGAACUGGGCUCCUUUCUAAGCUGGGUGUAUGGACAGGUUCAAGAGAGAGGAUGUAUGAGCAUCUGUGUGUCUCACGUGUGUCCAUAGUGGGUCGUCUGUGUGUGUGCGUGUGUGUGUGUGCGCGCGCGCACCCACACGGUGCUUGCGUACCCUCUCCACCCCGUCCUCCCCACCCCGCACAAAAGUCCAUAGAUCCCCGUUCCGGUUUGACUGCAGGGAGUUCUGAAUCUGGGGCUAUUCGAAAGCAAAAACAAAUCACUGUCUCCGCUUCUGCUUCUGAAACGAGAAUCGGUAACUGCAUUUCCUGUCCCACGAGAUAUGCAAAAGCAAUGCAAUAAUAUCCAUUUUAAAAUACGAUUGUGAGUUGUGUCGGCAUUAAAAUUCUAUUUUAAAACACACAAAAUUUAAGGGAAAAAACUCAAGAAGACAUUUUGCUUCGAUAUAUUCUGUGUAAUGUUUUAUUGCAUUGAUAAUGUUUCUGUUGAAGAAACUGUUAUACUUGAAUUCAGGUCAGUUUCAGUAUUUUUCAAAUAUUUUUUUAAAAACUGAAUUGCAAUUGUGCCAAGCAAAUAUAAUGACUUAAGUUUGUUUUAAAAUUCACUUCUUGUAUAUUUUGCUGCAUGUAAAGUAAAUCAUUUUGUAUUUGGAGUGUGACAAGCUUUCCCUUUGAACUCGUAAGUGCUUUUUCUACCUGUGGUUGGGGAGGAGAUGGUUUUCUUUCAUUUGCAAAGUGAACAAAGGUGUCCCCGGUGUCAGUCCUCACCCUGCUCUCCGUGGGAAGGUCUGGGAGGUACCUUUUUGCAUAUCUUGUGUCUUGUUUCCAUUCCCCUCAAUCUUUCCAAAAACUGCGUGGUAAGACAGUCCGUGCCACAUCUUGCUUUGCAAGAUCAGGCAUGUUUCAUCCAGCUCUUCACGUGCUGCCUUCUCUGUGGAUACUUGUUCAGGAUGCUCCUCUGGAGAGGUGGCUGAAUUUGUCAAGCACUCCCACAGCCCACAUCUUAACUGAGAGGAUGAGGUGACAAUCAGGCUGGGGCAGAGGUAGGACAGAUUCUUCUUGGACCCAUGAUCUGCCCAAACAUGGAUAGCCAUAGCCGUGGCUAGGUAAAGGUGACUGGGUAGGCCUGUGAUCCUUCUAGAAACUAUAUCCUUUCCUUCCUCCAAAGCAGGAAGGCGGAAAAGCAAGGGAUCUUGAUGAAGGCGGGGACAUCAGGAUCUCAUAGGGAUGGAAGGAAUAGAUUGUGUGGGACUUUUAUUUAGGCUCCUCUAUGUCUGCCUUCAGAAACCAUUACAAUAGUACCAGGUCCUUCAGUUGUGUCUUAACAAGAAUGGUUGGAAAGGAAGGGCUCUGGGGAAAAUAAGACUCAACCAUUCACCCAGAAUUUACCUACGUACAGGAUAUCUUCUGGUCCCAGGGUCCUUCCAGCCUAUUUGGGGAAUUAUGUGAGAAUCUGCUAGAAAUUCAGCAAGGUUGUUCCUCAGUGAUAAUGCUCUCGUGGGCUAUUUCAUGAAAAUGCAUAGAGAGGCAGUGUUCACAGGUUAACCAGAGUCUAGAAACAGCAUUUCUCCUUGAAUCCCCGUGCACCGUCGACCCAGCGUGUAUGUAUUCUCUUCAGUACCAUAAGGGCUUCUAGAUAUAAGGAUUAGACGGCAUCCUUUGUCUUGUUUCCGAGACUGUUGAUGUGCCUAGAGUGACGAUGGAGAGGUGAGCCCUCUGAUUGGCUGUCUGGUUCUGGCACGCAUCUGACCCCUAGGGAAAUGUGGUGUUUUGAUUGCUCCUACCCACAGACAUGCAUAGGCUGCAUACUCUCUCCCCAUGCUGCCUUGACUGCCUGUAGAAGCUUUGAUCUGCAUUGCCAGUCUUCUGACCAAUGACACAAGGUACAGGCCAAGCUUCUGCAGCCCCUACCAGGACUCUGCCCAGUGUGGCUCCCCAACUCCCCCACCCCUCACCAGUCAUACCCACAGGCUGCCUUCUCCUCUGUGGCCAAGAAGAACAGAGUAGCCUUUCACGCAUACACUGCGCCCUGCAAGAGUGGCACCAUCAGGGACAAUGGGCCCCUGCCCUUUAUUGUUAGGAGGAAAGAAGGUUCAGUGGACAGUGGGACUUUCAUGCUUGGCGUCAUGACCACCUACAUAAGACUAAUGCAUGCUGCCUGUGGCCAGGACAGAGGGGGCAGUGAGUAGGAGAGCCACUGAACAGUAUGCCAGACUGUCUCCUCCCCGCCCACCAUGGAGCUUUCCCAGUGACUCUUCUAAAUGGAACUGCAGGCCUUCUGCAAUCGCGGUAGCCCCUAGAUGGCAGGGAAUUAGCCCGCAGCUGGGGACCAAAGGGACCAGAGGAGCGAAGGGCUUGUACUCUCAUCUCCAUGAUUAGCUCUCCUCCCCGCCCACCAUGGAGCUUUCCCAGUGACUCUUCUAAAUGGAACUGCAGGCCUUCUGCAAUCGCGGUAGCCCCUAGAUGGCAGGGAAUUAGCCCGCAGCUGGGGACCAAAGGGACCAGAGGAGCGAAGGGCUUGUACUCUCAUCUCCAUGAUUAGCUGUCUCUUUUAUGCUCUGUUCAUGUAUGUGGCCAUUUUAUACAGACAGAGUCCUGUUGGUUCCUUUCUGCCUAGUCCUAGAAGGUGCUUCAUAUUUUCAGCUUAAAAGAGAGAGACUUUCCUGGUCCUUGUUUGAUUUGUAAAUGUCUUCCCUCUUAGCUGUGGUUUCCAUCGUAACCUGACAAAUCCAAGGCCCAACUCUGUCAUUUACCUUCCCCUGGUACCAGACACCCUAACAGAAUGCAGUAGGCAGCCCUUCCUUUGCCAACAUCAGCACGUUUUUGAGAACAUGCUGGAAGUCAGUAGAAGGAAAGUGGCUGCUGUCCAGAGGCCAGGAGAUACACUCCACUGCUCCUAAAGGCAGGCCAAGAGAUCAAGGACCCAGAUCAAGCAUGGAGUCGAAUCUGAUAAUCAGGGCUUUUAGCCUUCUUAUCCCACAUUUCAAAUGUCACCAAGGGGAAGGACCUUCCAUCCUGGGACCUUGAGUGACUGAAAUGUCCUCAUUCAGGAGCUAGAAACAAUUGACCUGAGGAAGGAUCGUCUAGCUUUCAGAAGAGCUACUCAGAGCCCAGGCUGUAAGCACCCUGGUUGAUUCUGUCUUCAACAAAGCUCUGGCUCGGAAGCAGGCAUCAGCACAGAGAGAGUUAGAGGGGAGUGAGGGCGAGGAAAGGGUGCAUCCUGACCUCAUCCAUGUCACCUCAUCUUAUGGAAAGCCUUAGAAAAGGCCGAUGACUCCAUAAUCUGCUUUGGAAGCUGUGAAAAAUGAAUUCCUACCCUGAGUGUUUUUCCAGCUAAAUCAACCUAGCUAGAGAUAUAUAUGGUCCCUACCUGACCAUAUGAGGCCCCUCCGCCAUACCUCGCCAAAGAGUUUGCCAAUGGGAAAGUGGUUGGGGGAACUUGGGUCUCCCUCACCAAAGCCCAUGUUCUACAGCAGCUGCCAUGGUAGAGGGGUCCUAGAAGGUUGUGGGCGGGGAGGGGAAAGCACCCUAUCUAUGACGUCAGUAACAGGGACCUUCCCUUCCUUUAUCAUUUACUCCUCUUCCUCCUCCCCCUCCUCCUCCUCUGCAAGCCCAGUGAAGGGAACACAGAGGUGAAAGGAACCAUUUGCAAAUUCUUACAGUGUUUCUUAGGCCAUAGCCUUUCACCUUGUUAUGGAGACAGUUGAAACACACCACACACACACACACACACACACACACACACACAACACUCUGAAGCACACUCACUCACACCCUAAAGCACAAGUGCUGAGGUGUUGGCCACGUGGUAGGCAUGUUCAACCUGUUCAGUCUGUAGCUCUAUGUCCCAGAACAGCUAUGGAUGCACUCAGUGCAUGUGUAGGUGAUAUCCUAUUAUAACAGAAAAGCACAGAACACCUUUGAAGGGGAACGUGUGGAAGAAACUAGAACAGUUUCCAUGGGUGGAAAUGGUGACCAUUUAUUCAUCUACAGUGAGGAAGUGCUACCACUCUUUUCCUCCAGCCAUCUUAACAGAUUUGAUUCGUAUAGUACAUGAUAAAGGCCUGGCCUUCCUGGUAUGUGAGGAAGACCAGGUACCAUCUCUGAAAGGGAGUUGGAGUAUGUAGCUGGAUAGAUCAAGCAUUGCAAAUCAAUUCAAUACUGACAGUAAAGUCGGAAUUGAGAUUUUUCCUGUUAUGUUUCUUCUAGGUCUCUGCUAGCAAUAAGGAAGGCAAGGCCAGAAAUUGCAAUGAAAAUAUGAAAUGUCAUAUCACCAGAGUCAACCCGUCUCAGAUGUGUAACCCCCUCAUCCCCACGGGAAAUCGUAUGCACCCCAGUUUCCCAGAAUCUAAAUGAAUGAAUGUAUAAAGGUUACAGACCAGGUGGCGAGCUCUCUACUCCAGCAUAAAUGAGUCCAGUUCAUGCAAAUUUGCCACCUAAAACUUCCCUGAUGCUUCCCUCAGCAGGGUCAUUACACAGACGGUUUGGGGGAAACAGAGGCUAUAGGAAAUUGGAGGGUAGUUUCUUUUUUCUUUUCCUUUUUUGGGGAGCAGUGUGGAGGUACUGGGGGUUGAGCCAAGGGCCUUCCUUGUGCAUGCUGGGCAAGCACUUUAGCUUCUAUGUUGCCUCCUAAGACUUCCCAGCAUGGAGAACCACACCAAAGUUAAAAACAGGGGAGAACCCUUGGGAAUUGAGGACAGGUGAUUUGUGAGCAAGCAGUCCCGGCAGAGGGCCCCUUAGAAGGCAUCACCGGGACUGCAGGCUAUGUAUGGGUCACUUUCUGUGCCCCACCCAGCACACAACCACACCUGCAUCCCAUCCCCCAGACUUGAAAUCCCCCUCUCAGCCUUCCCGCCAGACCAUGCACCCAUCUACCCUGCCCAGCUCGUGCGUGAGCUGCUUGCUUGCCGCCCUGAACAGCCUGUGUGGCAGGAAAACCGCUGGGUUUACACACAUCUGUGACCAUAGCAGUUAAGAGCAACCUGCAGGGAAAGAAGCCAUUGGGAAAUAGAUCCCAGGAGUGAACGCUGCCUCUCCCAUAGUACUGCAAUUCUACUUUGAUCUGCCAGUGUUGCUAAGGAAGACUUCCUCCAUGUCAGGGGUCCACAUCACGCUGCGCCCAUCCCCCACGCACCAUGUGUCUACUCAGUCCACUUCAUGUCCCUGAGAAAACCUGUGUCAUGUGCCAUGCCUGUUCCCAGAGAGGCACGGAAAGAUGAACAGGCCUCUGUGUCGCUCAUACACACCUGCACAUCCCAUGCCUGCCCCUCCAGACUCCACGACACCACAGUCCGACUGUUGUAAAUAUUGUACAGUUUGUGAUCAUCCAAUAAUCCUGUUGUCAAAGGCCCUGCCUGCUGCGCCUUCUCCCCCUCGAGCGAGGCCAGGGAAUCUAGAAGGGGAAACCUUCAAGGAGAGCUUCAGGGUCCAUCUCUGUGUGAGACGUUACUGUAUAUUCCUGUAAGAUUGCAUUUUUAUCUAAGGAAUGAUGUUAUUUAAAAAACAAACAAAAACGCAAAAAAGAAUUGCAAAUAAAUU